GGCCCUACACCGCCCCACACCGCCCCAUAGAUCCCACAGACCCUACUGUGCGCCCCCGAGCCCCACAAGGACGGACUCUGGGGGUCCCCACCCCAUUGCAGGCACCUUUGGGGCCGAGAUGGAGCGCAGCGCCUGAGCCCGACGGGUCCGAGCCAUGGAGACGGUGGUCAUCGUGGCCAUCGGGGUUUUGGCCACCAUCUUCCUGGCGUCCUUCGUGGCGCUGGUGGUGGUGUGCAGGCAGCGCUACUGCCGCCCCAAAGACCUCCUGCACCCCUAUGACACCAAACCCAUCGUGGACCUCAUCGGGGCCAUGGAGACGCAGUCGGAGCCCUCGGAGCUGGAGCUGGACGACGUGGUCAUCACCAACCCCCACAUUGAGGCCAUCCUGGAAAACGAGGACUGGAUCGAGGACGCCUCGGGCCUGGUGUCACACUGCAUCGCCAUCCUGAAGAUCUGCCACACGCUGACAGAGAAGCUGGUGGCCAUGACCAUGGGUUCGGGUGCCCGCGCCAAGUCCCCCUCCAGCCUCGGUGACAUCAUUGUGGUGGCCAAACGCAUCAGCCCCAGGGUGGACGACGUGGUCAGGUCCAUGUACCCCCCGCUGGACCCCAAACUGCUGGACGCCAGGGCCGCGGCGCUGCUGCUGUCCGUCAGCCACCUGGUGUUGGUGGCGCGGAGCGCCUGUCCCCAACCCGGUGACCGCGACUGGGUGGACCGAUCGCUGGCGGCCGCCGAGCGGCACAUGGCCGCGCUGCGCCACGCCGCCAUGGCCACCGAGCCCGAGAGGAGCGCGGCCGCCGAACCCUUCCGGCAGGAGCAGUCCGCCAUCUGAGCACUGCGGCGCCGGGAACGCCUCCAACGGGGACAUCAUCAGUGCCACCAAUGGGGACAUCGGCAGUGCCACCAAUGGGGACAUCGGCAGUGCCACCAACGGGGACAUCGGCAGCGCCACCAAUGGGGACAUCGGCAGUGCCACCAACAGCGCCACCGGCCGCGCCAUCGCCGGUGCCACCACCUGCGUGUCCAGGGCUGCUGAUGCCAUCACCGGAGCUGCUGAUGCCACCAAUAAGGGCCACCACCGGUACCGGUUGGAUGCCACCAGCAGUGCCACUGAGGCCACCAUAAGGGCCACCACAUGUGUCACCAGUGUCACUGAGGCUACCAUGAGUGCCACCACCGGUACCGGUUGGAUGCCACCAGCAGUGCCACUGAUGCCACCAUAAGGGCCACCAGCGGUGUCACCAAUGCCGCUGGUAUCCAUUGGAUGCCACCAGCAGUGCCACUGAUGCCACCAAUAAGGGCCACUGAUGCCACCAUGAGUGCCACCACCGGUACCGGUUGGAUGCCACCAGCAGUGCCACUGAUGCCACCAUUAAGGGCCACCACCUGUGUCACCAGUGUCACUGAGGCUACCAUGAGUGCCACCACUGGUCCCGGUUGGAUGCCACCAGCAGUGCCAUUGAUGUCACCAUGAGUGCCAUCACCGGUACCAGUUGGAUGCCACCAGCAGUGCCACUGAUGCCACCAAUAAGGGCCACUGAUGCCACCAUAAGGGCCACCACCUGUGUCUCCAGGGUCACUGAUGCCACCACCAGCAGUGCCACCACGGGUACAGGUUGGAUGCCACCACCAAUGCCACUGAUGCCACCAAUAAGGGCCACUGAUGCCACCAAUAAGGGCCACUGCUAGUGUCACCAGUGCCACUGAGGCCAUCACUGGUGCCAGAUGGAUGCCACCAGCAGUGCCAUUGAUGCCACCAUAAGGGCCACCACCUGUGUCUCCAGUGCCACUGAUGCCACCACCAUCAGUGCCACCACUGGUACCAGUCGGAUGCCACCACCAAUGCCACUGAUGCCACCGGCAGUGCCAUUGAUGCCACCAUGAGUGCCACCACUGGUCCCAAUUGGAUGCCACCAAUGCCACUGAUGCCACCAAUAAGGGCCACCACCAGUGUCACCAGUGCCCCUGAGGCCACCACCAGUGCCACCACUGGUCCCGGUUGGACGCCCCCACCAAUGCCACUGAGGCCACCAGCAGUGCCCCCAUCGGUGCCCCCCGCAGUGCCACCACCCCCCUCCGGAAGGAGCAGCCGCCCAUCCCGGCGCUGGGCUUCCAACGGCGCCCCCCGCAGUGCCAAUAAACGCCCCGUGACGCCGC